AUGGCUAAACGUCUGCGUAGUGAGGCAGCCCUCCGUCGCCGUAAGGCUAAAGAACGCACUAGGCGGGCAUUGCUGCGGGCCAAGACCCCCAAAGCGUUGAAGCCGUCGGGGCGUGCAUCGGUGCCGUCUAUCACUUCACCUCUCGGUAAAGAGACUCCUCUUGGCCCCCAUAAGAGCGUUGAUCAUCCGGCUGAUCGACGUGCUAUCGAUCUCUACAAGACGGCUUUUGCUUUGGCUGAGUCCGAGCAGGUUGAAUUAUUGGAGAAGAUUUCGGAUGGAACAGCGAAAUCCUCUAAAUGCGACUGGGGCAAUUUGAAAGGAUCUGCUGCUCACCAGCUCGAGCCCCCUCAUCAGCUGGUGGAGAUCAGAAAUAUGUUCGAUAGAGCGACAAAUGAGAUACUCAGUACCAGAGCUGGUGACAGUCUUCUGAAAUGGAUGCAGCUCGACCGUGAGGAGCAGGGCAAGCAGCAGCAUGUAUGGGAUGAACUGGGCCCAACGUUAGCCACUGCUGCUACCUCUUUAAGGGAAAAUUUAUGUGACCUACUACACGUAUCAGAGUCGUCAAUUCAAGACUGUGAUUUCCAAGCCGGGCUUCUGAAAGCUAUGCUCUUGGCAACUGCGGAUAUCGACGAGUCCGAAGACGUAGAACUCUUGGACGAAAUAAUGUUGCAAGGCGGAGUGAAUAUCGGCAUCACAUCCCCAGUUAGUUCCAGUGGUUGGUGGCCAAACGCUCGGGACGUUAAGAAUUCUGACGACGGAGAAAGUUUGAGCUACUUCGCCAGCGAUUCAUGGAGGAACUAUAGCUCAGCGGAGCUGAUGGAGGGCAGUCUCAUGGAAUAUUAUGACAGCGAGAUCGCUAAGGGUUUCAUGGAAGACUGGGAUUCACUUCCUCGGGACGCC